ACUACACGAAGGUGCUGGAAGAUUUCGGUUAUAAUUAGGACUCUAAAUCUUGUUUAUCCGAAAACUGACUUGCCAAAAUUAUGCACAUGAAUGGCAUUGGAGAUACUAACAACUAUAAAUGAUUUUUUUUAGUACUUGGUAUUUAAUUUAAUCAUUUAUAGUUGACUGACUUGCCAAAAUUAUGCACAUGAAUGGCAUUGGAGAUGUGCUAACAACUAUAAAUGAUUAAAUUAAAUACCAAGUACUAAAAAGACUUUUUAGUCUAAAUUACGAUGCAAAAUACAAAAUGAUUUCAAAGAAUGUGGCAGACUCUGAGAAUGAAUAACGUAUUUUUUUGGAGUGCUCGGGUCUUCUAGAAGAAUCGUAAACAAAAAAUAUUACGCAAUAACAUAGUUAAAUUCCAUUUACAUUAUCUGACGAGAAUCUGUUGUUUUCAAUACAAAUGUAUGAUAGAUUAGAUUGCAUUCAUUUAUUUAAUAAAUGAAGUCAUUAAUCUCGUUGAGUGAUCAAUUCACAAUUGGCGAAAAAUGCUUUAGCUAACUCUUAAAUACGAUUCUCGUAAAUUCAAGAUAGUUCGAUGAUCAUUUAAAAAUAACUGUCCAUAAAUAUACCAUGCUUGUACAGCAACUUAUGUUACAUCUUAUUUCCAAUGCGUAUUCUAAUUUAAGAACAACCGAAUUUGUAUUGGUGAAUUAAUGUAAUUGUGUUUAUAGGUGCUAUUACAUCACGAUCGAGACAUUUACCGUUACUAAACUUAUUAAUAUAUGAAUACGUAUACUAACCGAAAAGAAUAUUUAACAUAAUCAGAAUGUUGGCUAAGGAGAUUACCUAUAAUUCGAACAAUGACUUGAUAAUGCAGAAACAUCAUCGAAUAUGAACGCUCCAGGAAAAAUUAAGAAAUUAGAUAGCACCGUGGUGAAUCGAAUUGCAGCUGGCGAAGUAAUUCAAAGGCCAGCAAAUGCAUUAAAAGAAUUAAUCGAGAACAGUCUUGAUGCAAAAGCAACUAAUAUCCAGAUUAUCGCUAAAGAGGGAGGAUUAAAACUAUUGCAGAUCCAGGACAAUGGUACAGGGAUCAGGAAGGAUGACAUGGAAAUUGUUUGCGAACGAUUUACCACAAGCAAAUUACAAACAUUUGAGGAUCUACAAACGAUAUCAACUUUUGGAUUUCGUGGUGAAGCCUUAUCAAGCAUCAGUCACGUAGCACUUUUGACUAUCACAACAAAAACAGCUGAUGAGAAAUGUGCAUACAAAGCAUCAUACAUUGACAGUAAACUAAAAGAACCUCCUAAAGCAUGUGCUGGAAAUCAAGGUACUACUAUAAUGAUUGAGAAUUUAUUUUACAAUGUUGCAACACGAAGAAAGGCCUUGUCAAAUGUACCAGAGGAAUUCAACAAAAUUACAGAUGUAGUCACAAAAUAUGCAGUACAUAACCCAACUGUAGGAUUUGUAUUGAAAAAACAUGGAGAAAUAACACCUCAGGUGCGUACACCACAUAAUUCUACAAAAAUGAAUAAUGCAAGAAUACUUUAUGGCAAUCCUGUCUCCCGUGAAUUAUUGGAAGUGGAACUUACAGAUGAUGCCUAUAAAUUUAAGAUGCAUGCCUUAAUAACAAAUCCCAAUUACACGAAUAAAAGAAUGAUAUUUCUUUUAUUUAUUAAUAAUCGAUUGGUAGAAUCUUCUUCAAUUCGUAAAAUGUUAGAAGAGCUUUAUACUUUUUAUCUUCCAAAAAAGACCCAUCCAUGGUGCUACAUAUCAUUGGAAAUUGAUCCACGAAAUGUUGAUGUCAAUGUACACCCAACAAAACACGAAGUGAAAUUUCUUCACGAAAAUUCAAUCAUUGAAAGAAUGAAGUUUGCCCUGGAUGACAAAUUGUCUGGAAACAGUGCUUCUAGAACAUUUUAUGUACAAGCACGUUUACCUAAGGCAGAUAUUACUAAAGAAGUUUUAAAAGAAGUUCUACCAGAAUAUGAGAAGGACAGCAGCGAUAAAACGAAAAAGGUGCGACCUCAAGAUAUGAUCAGAACUGAUGCAUCUGAUCAGAAAUUGGACAAAUUUAACUUCACUAUUCAGACACCAAUAAAACGUACUAGAGACGAAAGUAAUGCCGAAUCCGAUGAACGUAUAAAUACUUCCGUAUCCAACGAAUCGAAAUUAAAUGAAGUAGAUACCGAUAAAAGAGAUCACGCUAAUGAUAUCCGUGAUGAACAAAAAGUAGAUGAAUCAAACUUUGAUGUAGCAAAAGUACAAAAAACAAGUACACCAUGGAGUAGUAUUGUAAAUGAUAUCAGUCCUGCUACAUCAUCGAAAGUAACAGUACCUGACACUUGUGAUAUAGUUACACUUGCUGAACAUGACAAAGAGAAUAAGACUGAAUUAUCGGUUGUACAAGAAUAUUUUCAAAUUUCACUUAGCGAAUUUGAAGAAAGUACAAUGGAUGAUUUUACAGAAGAAAAAUGUAUCGACACUGUCGCCGAAAAAGCACGGAAACAAGUGCAUCAAUAUUUUGGAAGUAAGAGUACCGCGAUAGAAAAGGAGCCUGCCGAAAAAAGUAGUCCUCCUAAGGAAGAAACAAAAGUUAAUGAUAAGAAUGAUAAAAAUAAUAAGUCGAAUGAUGAUACAACUAAUGUACCUAUAUCGACAGACACCAAUGACAAUAAAAACGAUAACGAUGACAGUAAAGAAUUUAAAUCCUACUCAAUAAACAAUUUUAGGAGAGAAGUAAAAUUAACAAGUGUUUUAAGAUUACGUAAAGAGGUAGAAGACGAGUGCCAUGAAGGGUUGAAAGAAAUUUUAUCAAAUCUAACUUUUGUCGGCUGUAUAGAUCAAUCUUCUGCUCUUAUUCAGAGUGGAGUUAAUUUAUAUCUUUGCAACACUACGAAAUUGGCGGAAGAGCUGUUUUACGAAAUUAUGCUUUAUGAUUUUGCCAACUAUGGUGUCAUCAAAUUUUCAGAGCCAAUCCCUUUAAAUGAUUUAGCCAUGUUAGGAUUAGACACAGAGGAAGCUAUGUGGACAGAAGAAGAUGGAGAUAAAGGGGAAUUAGCAUCAAGUGCUGCAGAAUUAUUAUUAGAAAAGGCAGACAUGUUGAAGGAAUAUUUUUCUAUUGUUAUAGAUAAGAAGGGAAAAUUAAACUCUUUACCAGUAUUAUUAGAAAAAUAUUUUCCAUGUGAAGCUGGUCUUCCUCUAUAUAUACUACGUUUAGCUACCGAGGUUAAAUGGUCAUCGGAAAAACCAUGUUUUCAAAAUAUUUGCAGAGAAACUGCAAAAUAUUAUAGUCAAAUGAAUCCUAUACAUAAUACUCAUGAUUGGAAGUAUAUUACAGAACAUGUUUUAUAUUCUGCAAUUAAAGAAAGUUUACUUCCCCCUAAGCAUUUUAGUCACGACUCAACGAUAUUACAAAUAGCCAGCUUGCCUGAUUUGUACAAAGUUUUUGAAAGGUGUUAGAUAUAUUUGAUAAGUAGAUUUUUAUCGAAAUUGAGUGAAAUGAACCUAUCAUAUAUUCAUACCAGUAGGCCUGUAAGAUGGUGGU